AUGACGCAGCAAAUAAAGUCGACCAUAUUCCUAACCGUUGCCUUUCUCCUACUUACUAAAUCUCUUGGCGAAAACACAACAAGAGUUACAGCAUCGACAACACAGAGUUCUUUUGAAACUACUUUGACAACCGCCGCACAGUUGCAAUCAACAACGUGGCAUCAACAGCAACAACAACAACAACAACAACAACAACAACAACAACAACAACAACAACAACAGCAGCAGCAGCAGCAGCUACCAACAUCAACACAAACAUCCUCCAGCUAUGCAUCAGAAGUUCAAACUUCAACAACCGGAUUGACCUCUACAUCUAGUGCAGCAGCAACGAUGAUGUCGACACCGUCUACACCAUCGCCUCUAUACAUAUCAAAUUAUUCGACAAUAGCACUAAUGCCAACCUAUUCGACCAGUUUGAUGACCACGAAGCAAGAUUCGCUGGACCAAAUUCCGGUAGAUGUGGAAAUCGGUCCUGGAGGACCAGAUCAGAAAGAAAGCCUCGGUAUACAGAAGGCAGUUGACUGGUUGCGGGAUAAACGGCUGCCCGACUACAGUUGGGGCAACGAUACCCAUAUGGUUAUUUUAGCCAAAGAACUCUCCGGAGCUCGCGAUCCAGUAGAUAAUGAUAACCAUCUGCAGGAGAUUUCUGACCUUGAAGACAUGUUGUCGGUAAAACAAAUGGAAAUUGAGGUCUUGACGAUGGUCGACCGCCAUCAUUCAAUACCCAAACCGGCAAGCACGGAUCGAAUCGCCAAGUACAUUUUAGCGAUGGGUGCACUAUGCAAGGAUGCUCGUCACUUUCAUGGACACGAUUUGGUUUCUUCUUUGGAACACCAUGAGCACGAUCAAGGGCAAGAAUAUGAGUUCGCCCUGACAGCCUUGGCCAUAUGUAGCUCGGCAACUCAUGUGAGGAAACGACAAAUACGGCGCUUGCUAGAUAUUGCCAGUGGAGAGGUUAACAAUGUUGAUACCAUUGCCAUGGUACUAUUAGCAUUGCGAUGUAUUGUAACGGAUCAUCGCCAUCGACAUUUGCAACAUUUUGUGCGCCGGCCUGCGCGUGGGUUAGCUAGUCUGCAAGGACCACAAGGUAGCUUUGGUUCAUUACGGAGUACGGCGCUUGCAAUGCAAGCACUUCAGGAUCUAGAACCGGAUCCGGCUGGGAAAUGGAAUAGAACAGCCGCUUCCGAAUGGUUACUGUCUAAGCAAAGACCUGACGGCGGCUGGACAGAGGAACCCUUACAGGAUGGCCAAGAUGCGUCUAUUGGCAUUGGCUUGACAGCAGACAUUAUUCUUGCCUUAGGUUGGAAAGGUUUGGGCGCGGUACGUGCUCUGCAAUGCGAUCACGUGAUACGAGAGUCGAAUGAUAAUGUUUACGAGAACGGAGAGCCAAAGCUCGCCGAUCCGGUUCGAUUGACGUCGUCCGUUGAGGAAGCGGAACCGCGCAAUGUGUCGUAUACGUACACGCUUUGGGUGGGCACUGAUGAGACAGAGGAAUACUCGCUGGAUCUUACAUCCCCAAAAAAUACCACUUUCUUCUGGGCCAUGCGACAAGCAGCUAGAAUAGAUCCCAGAUUCGCCUUUGAAGCUCAGGCAUGGCCCAAUGGACAUUACGUGCAUACGCUUGCCGGUAUGAAGGAAGAGCCGAAAAGCUAUCACUUCUGGCUGUUAUAUCGAUUACCCGAAAAACCCGAUACGAAAAAUCCACCUGGUAAUCAGCUAAUUGCACCUUUGGGUGUUGAUGAACUACUCGUUGAGGACGGUGAACAUUACCUCUAUUGGUAUAAAAAACUUUAA